UCUCUGUCGCAUCGUUAUUGGUGUGGCUCACAAGGUUCGCCCCCCAAGCUUGCGUUUGGUACGGGUACUAAAAUCCUCGUAGAUAAGGGUCAUCUCGAUGCCCGCCCUUCUUGCUACUAACGAUUGACGGACCAUAAGCGAUCUCGAUCUUACAUGCCACCCUACUAAACAACCAACAACAAGAGGAGCCCGUCAGUGUCGAGAACGGAAUAAGACACAACUGGCUAGCUUGUUGUGUGCUGUUGCUCUGUCUAGCUAGGGUGCGCAGCAGUCUCUCAAGGACAAAGCGGCCAACUGGUCAGCGGAAGAGGGUAAGCCGGGUGCAGCCCGCAGUUUCUCCCUGCUCAAACUGCAGAGUAAGGUUCAGUCCUGCCUUUACUUCAGGUGUGCGAAGGAGCUAUUCCGUCCAUAGUCUGGUCGUGUGAUUGAUUGCUCAACCUUUCACGAGAAAGCUUGGGAUACCUGUUGGAUCCAUAAAGCCAAUACGGAAGUGGAAGCCCAGCCUGCUACCCUUUGUAGUAGAGCUCAACAAUUAUCUUUCUCCGGUUCGGUGGAUAGAUCACAGCAAAGGGAGUCGAGUCGUAAUAGUGGCAGGCUCUGAAGGACCAAUCAACUUCAACCAGAAAGGCCGUGGGUAUCGUUCUGCCUCGUAUACCCUGAUCCAGUUUAUCAUACCAUGUCACUUGCGGCGGUACCCCCGCUAAAAGCGACACGCCCUUAUGAUCUACAAACUCCAAUAGCUGCAUGGCUGGACGAAGAUGAUGCUGUGUAUGGAACUGUGUCGGCCGUGACGGGCGGCGCCCACCACCCUCCAAAGCCUCACUUUCGCUCGAUGGAAGUAUCUCAAGAUUUGGCCAAACUGCAACGGCUCAGAACAGCAAUUGUACAGGUACUGAUCAGUGAUGGGCCCGGUGGUGGCAGUAGCAAUUAUCAGGAGGCAGCAGAGCAACUCGAUACCUUUUAUGAAUAUCACGCCUCUCUGCUGCAGUGUGAGCAGCACGGAAUUUGCGUGGAAGAGGUGUCCUCUCCCUUGGAACUGCCUUGGUCGUCUGCCUUUGCGGCACCUGGUAAUAUCCCACCUGCUGCAGCACGAGCCAAUCCUCACGGAGACGACGAUGACGACGACGAUGCAAUGGAUAUUGACGGACCCGGCCAUUAUCAUCGUCGUGGUGGUGGUCGUGGACGCCGGAAUAGCAGCCAGAGCAGUGGCAUGGAAAUCAGAGCCUCCAUUACUUGGGAACGAGUCAACAUCCUUUGGAACAUCGUCGCUCUGGAGGCGUACUUGGCGUCGACCCAACCUCUCACUACACGACAGGGAUGGAUGAAGGCCGCUGUACAUUUAGAAAAGGGUGCUGGUAUUCUGAGACAUUUGCGACAAGAUAUCCUCCUGGCUGACGCCGCGUCUUCGUCUUCUUCUCAACAGUCACCCUUUACUACUAUUGAUUUGUCCGUGGCCUUUUGUCGGUCAUGGGAAUCUCUCCUAACUGCAGAGGCCCAGCGAUCGUCCUACGAAGCCUUUCGCUGUGCUGCACGACCACGUCAUUUCAUGUUGGCCAAACUGGCUACUGCUGCCGCACCGCUCUAUUCUGAUUGUGAGCAAUCCUGUGGCCACGAUGAGUUGAUGCGACGUGGUGCUGCCGGUGGCGACGGGAAUAGCAGCGCAGGAGGUGCCAAUCCAAUUCUCCUCCGACAGUUCCUGGGAUCUUGGCAGACGUAUGCUGGUGCCUGGGGAGUGUGGAUGAGGACCAAAGCCGAACAUCAUCAAGGAUGUGUCCACAGAGACAAACGGCAGUUGGGAUUGGAAUUGGCCCGUCUUCACAAGGCAUUGACCUUAGGAGGACAGUGCCAAGAACUUUGUCAACAGCAGGUACAACAACAACAGCAUCCACAAUCAUCUUCUCAACCUCCUAGUUUACAAGCCCUGGCACAUGAAGUCAAACAAACCGUCGACGAAAUGCAGAGUCGAUACGUCCAGGCCACACAAGAACAAGCGCAAGCAAGAGCCGAAAAUAACAGCAACAACAACAGCCAUGCCACCGUACAGCCAGAGGACUUGCCCGAAAUUGCGCCACAGCUGCAAGUCAAAGUAAACCAACCCAUUGAAAAGAUACUCCCACCGUUGGAAACACCACUCUUUGAAGACAUCAUGAACCCGCUGGUAAGGCGAUAUGUCGAUCUCUUCAUGUCCGAAAUGGAUAAGCUACUGUUUCAAAUGACGUCAAUAGCGGAAGAGAAAACAGAGUCCGCUCGUAAGGCGCUUGCCACUGUCAACCUUCCGCACUCGCUGACGGCGUAUCGACAAGAACAAGCCGGCGGAGGUAUUCCAGAAGACUUGUGGUUCCGUGUGGAAGCCGUUCAGCAAGAAAAACGGGUUUCUCGUCUUAAGCAGGAACUAUGGGAGCUUCGAGAUAUCGCAGACGCAGCACGGCAUACCUACAAGGUAAUAAAGAAUCAACUCGAAGAAGAUCUCGCUAUGGACCGACUGUUUCGAGAACAACAUCCCAAUUUUGAGGGUCAUGAUGCUGGCGAAGUUCAAAAGACGUUUCGACAAUCGCUCGAAAAUUAUGACAGGUUGUUAGUGACAGCUCAGGAUGGCGAUGCCGUCUUGUUGCGAAGGUUGGAAAUGCUGGAUACAGAUCCCAAAUACAAGUUGUUGCAAUUCCAGAAGUCACAGCUGGAUCGAUUGCUUCCGGGGGCGGGAAUGGUUGGACCCGCCAUUGAUACUUCCUUGUUAAGCAAACUGUUGGUUGAACUUUCCGUAUUGUUUCGGGAACGGGAAAUGAUUUUGAGCACCAUGCGUGAGGAGCUGAAGAACUUCGACAUCCACUCGAGGUUAAGUGAAGUUGACCUCUCUGGCGCAGCAGCUGCCAAUACCAAUGGCAAUACCCCAAGCGGCAACGGAGGAGGCAACGCAGAGGCCGAGAGAGAGUUUCGACGGAUCCUGAUCGAAUCGAAGGAGUCGUUCAACGAGAUCGCGUACGAUAUCCAGGAGAACAUCAAUAAGCAAACGGAACUGGUCCAAACGAUCCUGGUGCAAAACCAAAAGUUCAUGGACGCUCGAGAUGCCAUGCAAUCGUCCAGUUCGAGCGAUUCUUGUAUUGUGAUGAUUGAAGAUGCAAUCGAAGAAAUCGAUCAACUGUCAAAGCAUCUGAAGGAAGGGAAGGACUUCUACGACGUUGUCAUUCCCAAAUUAGAUAAGUUGAAGCUGCAAGUGGGGGAUGUCAGUGCUCGGUUAACAGUUGAACGUUGUGAGUACGAGGACAACUGCCGUCGGAACGAACAAGAAGCUGAAGAUGCACGGAUGGCAGCCUCAUUCAUGGGCAACAGUGGAGGCAAUGGCAAUUCUGGAGGCGAUGGCGGUGAUGGUGGCCACAAUAACCACGCCGUUGCUGCAGAUCCCCGGCGUGGUUCCGAUAGACCUACGCGAGCACAAGCGCCACCGGGCGUGGAACAUGUCUCCCAUUCUGUCCCGCAAGUUCGUGUUGACGAUGAAAAGGUAGCAAGUCUUGUGGCGAUGGACUUUGAUCCGGAGAAAGUUGUGGAGGCGCUGAAAAAGUAUGACAACAAUGUGGAGCAGGCGCUGAAUGAGCUGCUAUCGUGUUAGCGAGUACAACUCUACUAGAAAUUCUUUUGAACAGACGAGGAAUGCUACUGAAUAGAAACCACCAAUGGAGAACGUUUAGCAAAAAGUGUCUGCUGG